UAGAGUUUGUUUGUGCCCCGUUGAACGCGCUGCGCCUUGACCAUUUUCAAAUUGGUAAAAAAAAGAAAAAAAGUUAACGAAGAAGAUAAAAACAAAAAUUAAAAAUAAGCGAGAUCUGUCGGCGUUCGGUAAACGAUCGCAGCGUACACAGUGUGUAUAGAAGUGAAGGCGCGUACGCGCGGUGUGAAAAAGAACAGUGAAAAACAACGAAAUUCCACAAGAAAUGUGAACAUUGAAUUUGUAUGGAAAUAAUCAGAAAGAAAAACUGAAAUUUUGAAAGACAAACACUGAAAAGUGCAGAACUCAAGUGAAGUUAAGGAAUUGAAAAAAUAAAAACAAAAAUCUAACAAAAUGCAUACAGUCGAGGAUAUGUUGGGCGAGAAGAACUACAGCAAGUGUCCUUUGAAAAAGCGACCCAUUAACUAUCAGUUCGAGGAGGACAAUUCAACGGAUGUGGUGGAGGAUGCUAAAAUGUGCAGCAAUGCCACACAGUCCGACGAUGACGAGCAACAACUCGAACAGCCAGAAAAUUUAAGUCUCAAGAAACGCGCCUACGAUGAACGUGACAAUUUUCUGCCCAACAAGAGCAACGCCAACACACACGCCGAUGAUGAAUUGAUCAAUGUGAGUGAUAGCUGCGAGGAUGAGGGUGUCGAUGUCGAUCACACUGACGACGAUGCGUCCAUGGAUAUGUUGGAUGAAGAUGAUGAGGAGGAGGAGAUCAUCGAUUGUGUUGAGAUCGAAGAGCAAAGUGAUGCGGCCGCGAACACUACACAAGCAGCCGCUUUGGCUGCCGCUGCAGCGGUGGCUGCUGCCUCCGUUGUUGUGCCCAAGCCCACAUAUGCCAAGUAUGGCCUCCAGCCCUGGAAUUUCCAUAUGUCACCGUAUACCGCAGAGUUCUAUCGCACAAUCAAUCAUCCACAUUUGUCACAACAGAUCUCACCGCUACGUGGUGAUUUGCUCUCACCCAGUUCACCCUCUGCCGACUCGCUGGGUUCACUAUCGCCACCACCACAUUACCUGCAUGGACGUGCCAAUUCUGUGUCACCGCCCGUGCGCUCAGAGCUCAUACGUCGGCCAAUUGGUGUAUGUCAUUUACCGCAAUCACCUUCGCAGCAUACACAUCGCUUCAUGCCAUACCCGCUACCUGCUGCCUAUCACGCUGCAACACAUGCAACACAUCCAGCGCCACCCGCCUAUCCAGCCACACUCAGUUAUCAUCAUCCGCAUGCGCCCAUUUCGCCCACUUACUCCGAAACCUCAUACUACUCGAUGCGUUCACUCACACCGGAACCACAUUGUUCAUCGUUACCCGAGGAUUUAUCCCUCAAACACAGCGCGCUGCAGAAAACCCCACAGAAGGCGUCUACACUAAGUGGCGAAAAGCGUGAAGUGUGUGGCAGCCAAAGUAGCUCGGCACCAAGCACACCCACAAGCAAAAAGGACAAAUCAUCGCCGCCACGCUACCAAUGUCCCGACUGCCAAAAAUCCUACUCAACCUUUUCCGGUCUCACCAAACACCAGCAAUUCCACUGCCCUGCCGCUGAGGGAAAUCAGGUGAAGAAAUCGUUUAGCUGCAAAGAUUGCGACAAGACCUAUGUCUCAUUAGGCGCGCUCAAAAUGCACAUACGCACACACACACUGCCCUGCAAGUGCAAUAUCUGCGGUAAAGCAUUCUCACGGCCCUGGCUUCUGCAGGGUCACAUACGCACACACACUGGCGAGAAGCCCUUCAGCUGCCAGCAUUGCCAUCGCGCCUUUGCCGAUCGUUCGAACUUGCGCGCUCAUCUGCAGACACACUCCGACAUCAAGAAGUACUCCUGCGGUAAUUGCUCAAAGACCUUCUCGCGCAUGUCGCUGCUGACCAAACAUUCAGAAGGUGGCUGCCCGGGUGCGAACAGUAGUAGUGGUAGCGGUAGCGGUAGCGGUAGUUGUGCGAGCGCAGUCGCAGCUGAUUCGGUUGCGUCUGCGCAUGAACUGCACAACUAUCCGGUGUUCGUGGAGCACUAGAAGCAGGAAGUGCUAAGAAAGGCGCUGCACGGCCAAGCCGAGUUUGCCAUGUACCACCAAAAAUUAGUUCCUAGUUCGAAACCCACCAGCCAUCAGCAAGCGGUAACAACGCAAAUAGCAUCUGAUCUUCACAAAGGUCAGCGCGCAUAUCAAAAAAAAUAACUUUCAUUCCAAAUGAGUACCUUAGAGCCAUCAGUUUGUGUGUAGCUCCCAGAUCCACUGUGCGCGCUGAUUCCCAUGCAGAAAAAAAGAAAAAAAAAAUUCAAAGAAACUAAAGCACAAAAAUCAUCACAUUUCAAUACCUAGUCAGUUAAAAAAAAUUUCUAUCUGAAAAAUCCUAUUAACAGUUAACACAACAAAACAACAAACUAUUGUAAAAAGGCCUUGCAUUUACCACAAAUUUUAUCUCAAAACAAUUUUACUACUAUUUUUACUACAUACAGUUAAGCUCAAUUUUUAAAGACGCAAAAAAGUACUUUAUUGCAAAAAUCAACUAAGUGGUUAUUUGUAAAUUUUGUAAAUACAAUAUUUUUAAUAAGGAAAAAAUAUUGUGAAACAUUAUGUAAUUAGUUAUGUUAGCUAAUUAGUAGUUAUAAUUAAAUUUUAUAUAAAUAUUUUCACAAAUGGGCAGCAUUUUGUAGAAAUAACUAUUUUUAUAAAGACAUUUUAUAAGACAUACAAUAAUUGUGUAAAAAAAACUCUAAUUUUUAUAAGGUUUUACCGAACAAUUUUUCUACUUGUAUACAAACAUAUUUACACCUAAAGUUUUCAAACAUAUAU